UCCUUCCUUUGACUUGCUUCUAAAAUCUAAUCCUAACCCACCCUCGUCCUGCAACGUUAUUGAUCAACUCCACCCUUCCCACGCCUCCUCUCCAGGUCGCUGAACAAACAGCUAGCGUCGGAGCUAAUUAAAACGAUGGAGAAGGGGACGGUGAGCUUGCUUCCAUUUUAGCAGCUUUUGAGAGCCAUAAAGUGUACUGUUAUCGUACAGAAGAGGAGGGAGGAAAAGGGGAGGGAGACAAGGCGCCGCCUUCCUUUUUCCCUUUUUAAGCUAAUUUUUUCUCCCCACCGGCCGGCCCUCGUUUUCAUUAUUCUCUUAAGCCUCCCUGUUUGUUUCGCCACAGUAGUGUUCCAUUUCCUGCGGUUGAAUAUUACGAGCUCGAGCAAGUCUCAAUUUGGUUUACGACCUAAAGGAAUCAAAUUUAAAGAGUUCAGGAGUGCAAAUUCAUGGAUCCAAUCACACACCACCGUCCUCCUCCGUUUCAUGCCCGGGACUUCCACCCUCUGCGCCAUUUCCAGCACCUUCACCAGCAGCAACAGCAGCAGUUGAAGAGUGAUCAGGAAGAUCAUAACGACGGCAUCGGUGCGGGCCUCCAGCGCGGGAAAAAACGGGAGCGCGACGAGGGAAUCAAUGAUGGGGGCAGCAAUAACGACGGCAAUAACAAUGGCGGAAGCGAUUCCAAGGAGCCUGUCCCCACCAACUCCGGAGGGGCAGGGGAAGGCGGGGGCGAGAUCCUGCGCCGCCCGCGCGGGCGACCGGCUGGUUCCAAGAACAAGCCGAAGCCGCCAAUCAUCAUCACACGCGACAGCCCCAACGCGCUGCGGUCUCACGUGAUGGAGGUCGCAGGCGGGUGCGACGUGGUGGAGAGCGUUUCCGCGUUCGCGCAUCGCCGGCAGAGGGGAGUCUGCAUUCUGAGCGGGAGCGGGUCGGUGGUUAACGUGACGCUGCGGCACCCCGGGACGGCGGGCGUUGGGGCGGUGGUGAACCUGCACGGCCGGUUCGAGAUCCUGUCGAUGUCGGGGUCGUUUCUGCCGCCGCCAGCGCCGCUCGCGGCCAGCGGGCUGGCGAUCUACCUGGCGGGCGGGCAGGGGCAGGUGGUGGGUGGCACCGUGGUGGGGGCGCUCAUUGCGUCGGGGCCGGUGAUCAUAAUGGCGGCGUCGUUCGGGAACGCGGCGUACGAGCGGCUACCGAUGGAAGAGGAGGAAGCAGCGCUUCCGGCCUCCGGCGGCGUUAGGAUGGGGUCCCCCAGCAUGGUGGACCAAUCGCCGCCGCCACACCAGCAGCAGUUGCUCGAUCCCAGCGGGGCCAACCACGCGCUGCUCCACGGCCUGCCUCCGAAUCUUCUCAACACCAUGCAAUUGCCGUCCGACACUUACGGCUGGGCCACCGGCAGCGGUGGCGGCGCCGACGGCAGUGCAGCUCGCGCGCCCUACUGAUCGAGGAAAGUACAUAACUCUCACUUGGUAAUCAAAUUAGCUCCUUGCUCAAAUUUUCGGAGAACCAAGCCUGAAUUAAGAAGGACGACAACGUACGCCAAUCAAAUUAAAUACCUCAUCGAUCUGUUCAGGCUUAACUUGCUCUUCUGUUCUAUUUCAAGCAUGACUUAAUCUUCUCUAGCUCUCUCGUUAUUUGAUAUAUAUCUCGGUUUUGUCAUUUGCGUGAUCGCAUAGGAUCAUAAUGCUCGAUCGUCUCUCUCUCGUUUUGGAAAAUUAAGCCUCUUACAAACUAUGAACCAUUAAGGUUUAAUUUUCGUCUA